UGACAAGUGACAAGACAACAACAAAGAAAAGAGAACUUGACAAUUUUCUUCCCAUAUUUCUGUACAAGUAACUUAUAAAACGUAGAAAUCAAGUUUUUGCGAUAUAGUGAAGGAAACUUACUAAAAACAACUAUACAUUGUAUCGAAUUUAUAAUACAAACCCAAAAUGGUCGAAGACGAUGAAUACGCCUGUGUAAACAAAGUUCAGCUACGAAUUAAAGAUACUUCUGGAAUAAAAAAGAAGAAGAAGAAAAAGAAAAAUAAAGAAACUGAAAAAGUCAUCGAAAAUGAAGUUAAGCAACAAAUUAAACAACAUGUGAAUACCGAUACACGGACAAAAGCCGAAUUAGCAUUCCAAAAAAUGCAAGAAAAAAUGCAAAAGCAAAGAAUCCUCCAAAAAGCAGAAAUGACUCACAAGCAAAGAGUAGAGAAGUUUAACCAACAUCUGGACAGUUUGACAGAACACUUUGAUAUUCCGAAAGUAUCAUGGACAAAAUAAAUUGUGUUAUUGUUUUAUCCUUAAUUUAUCAAAGUUUUAACUUAUAUCAUCUUGCAAUUGAAAUAAACAAAUAAUGAUAUA